AUGGAUCAUCGUCCCUCCACAAGCUCCGACGCCGCCUCCACCCUCUCGGGCUCGACCGUCUUCUCCACCUCCAAGGACGCACAGCCGACACCGCCAGCAAAGGUCGAAGCCAUCACCGAGACCUUGGCCAAGAAUGAGCUGCCAAAUGACCCCGCCCAGAAGCAGCGACGGGGCGUGCGACAGCGCGUCCGCGAUGUGGUGGCAGACCUCGGCCGCCCGCCCACCGCGAGGAGCGACGCCAGGGAGGGGAGGCCCACGCCGAACCACGUCGACGUCGGGCCUGCGCCUCGCACGGCUUUGAUGGGCUCGACGACUGUUUGA